ACUGUCAAACAAAGGUCGUUGUUGUGUUGUAUUGUAAUAUAGUACUUGGAUGUUUUAUUAUUUACGGUUUUUAUAUAAGUUAUUUUAUGCUGCACUCUACACAGUAUCUCCAAUAAAUUCCAGUUUUGUCUCUUACUUUCAUUGUAAUCUUCUAAUAUAAAAUAUAAUACAAUAUAAUACUUCAUGAUAUUGUGAUGAUUCAGUAAAUAUGUUUCUCACUUGUUGAAUGCUGCAUUUGAAAUCAUGAUCUCUCGCAAAGGACAAAAGGCUGUUAAUGAGGGUGUGGUUGGAAAAUAUAUAAAGAAGGAUACCCCUCCAGAUUUACCUAUUAUCAAUGUUUGGACAACCGGGCAUAAUAAAAGGCCUCGAAGUCAGCCUUUCGGCGCCAAUGAUGCCGUUUCGCAAAGCCAUGAGAAUAAAUUUGGCAAGGCUCAAACUAUGAGUGGACAUGCAGGAAAAUAUACACCUAGUGAGUCAGUACCAAAUUUAGCACACAGGUUUGCCAGUUUAUCUACUAGUGACACAGCAAGUACAUCUAACAGCUACAAUUCUCAAUAUCUGUUAGAUUCAAAUGUGGCUUCACAUACAACUCUGAAUGACAGAGAUGACUCAUUUAGCAGGCAGACUAGCUACAGAUACUAUAGACAGCAUCAACAAGAAGAUCCAAUAUAUCAGAAUCAACAACAGGUUCAACAGCAAAAGCAACAACAAUAUGGUUCAAGAGAAUCAAGCAUGCCAAGACUGUCAUCAAAUAUGAGCUUAACACCGAGAUUGCAUUCUCCCUCACCACAUUCACUACGUCUUCAAAAUUACACAGAUUCAUAUGCCACAGCAAGCCAGUCAUCACCAAUUUACUCAAAUUGUGUGAAUACAUCAGUUUUGCCAUACAAUAAAGCCCAUGGAAGUAAAAUAAUAACCAGUUCCCAAGGUUCGGAUGAGUGUGAGCUGCCACUGCCUCCUGGUUGGUCUGCUGACCGCACUCUUCGCGGACGUCGUUACUACAUGGAUCACAACACUCAAACAACUCACUGGACUCAUCCACUGGAAAGUGUGCCACAACCUUGGCAAAGAGUUUCUACACCCCACCAUGGAGUUUAUUACUUUAAUGAGAUUACCCAUCAGACAACCUAUGCACAUCCUUGUUUAGUGGGAGGCUGUUAUUUAGUCAGUCCAUAUGUGCCAACUCUUGUGCCGCCUUACUUACUUGAAGAGAUUCCACAUUGGCUGAUUGUUUACUCUAAAGCUGAUCAAGAACUUGAUCACAAAUUACGUUGGAACAUGUUCAGGCUCAGUGAGCUAGACUGCUAUUCAGACAUGUUGACUCGGCUUUACAAACAAGAGCUACAACUUAUUGUCAUGAAGUUUGAGCGCUACAGGUCAGCGUUGCUUCAAGAAAUUGAAAGGAGGCGACAUGCCAUUACUUACCAUGCACACUCCAAUUGUUGAUACAUAUAAAAUAAGAUUGCUUAUUUGUAGUUAGACCGCUAGAAUCGAUAGUGUAGGUCAAAUAGACCUUGUGAGCUUCAUAGUUAUAGGUAUUAUAAUGACAUGAAACCAUUUCCUGAUCUGAAUAUUAUCAAAAUAACAGUAGACUGAUGCCUAUUUUAUCCUGCCAGCAUUUGCACCCUAGGUGUGAGAACAAGCGGUCAUACUACAACCUGUACUGUGAUUUUACGACAAUAUUUUUAUAUGUACACAGUUAUCUAAUAACUAGAGUUAAGAUCAGUUUUCAUAACUAAUGUAAGAAUGAUAUUUUAUUUUAAGAAUUAUUUUUUGAUCAUAUAAAAAUCAAUCAAUUGGUGCCUUGACUUCAAAUAAAAGUUAUUUAUUUAA